UCUCUCUCUCUCUCUCCGUUCCAAAACCCUAGAAGGGGGUCUCGCGCUCUCGACGAUCGAUCUGGGCCGUUGAUUCGGCCUCUCCUCCGCGAUCUCCGCUUCUCCCCGAUGAGGCGGAGAGAGAGGGGAGGGAUCCUCGGGCGCGGUCCGAAACCCUAGCGCCACCACUCCGCCGCGAUCCGCUCUCUCUUGCUCUCUACUAUCCGAUUGAGGUCGGGGUUGCCCCAGAUCGGUUUUUUUCUGCAGAUUUUGGGGGUUUUGUAGCUCGAUUUGGGGCCUUCAGCAUCGAUCAUAUCGGUUUUUCGCUUUUUUGGUGCAAAUUAUAAGGUAUAGCUGGGGAUUCGAGAUAUCUUUUUUUGGGACAAUUCAGCGCACAAAGCAUCAAGAGUUAUUGCAACUUGUAGAUGCAAAUACUGUUGUUAAUAAGGACAUUUUUUAAAAAAUAUUUUCUUUUUCACAAAAAUGGGGGCCAACUGCUGUGUGGCUGCAAGGGAUAAACCAUUGACAAGCGGAACUCGGAUCGAAGUUUCUGCUUACAGAAAUGUUAGACGCUCGCCUUCAUGGAGCUUUCGCUGGGACAAUCGCACGCACAUAGAGGAUGUAAUGAAUAAUAAUGCUCAAUUGUCUCAAUACAAUAGUGGAAAUGUUGGUUCUGAGAUUAAAAGCGGGGCGACAACAGAAACUGAUGGCCUCUCUGCUGUUGGAAGUCCAUCAGAUGGCUUUCACACUGUCAAGUGGCGCAAGACUAACAGUCUUACUGGAACAUCUGGGAAAUCUAAAACAGAUGCGCAAGACAAAGAUCACUUUAUAGAAAGCAACUCUUCAGCAGUGGAAAAGGACUCUAUUAGGUCACCAGGAAUAGCAAGCACAGCUUCAGAAAUUAAGCCUUCAAUCUCUUUUCCUUCUACUCCAUCAUCUCUACCCUUCAGGACCACCGAUCCGUCCUCCUCUCGAAGCCAUUCUCUACCGUUUGACCUGACUUCUUCACAAAAAUCCCACCGAUCUCCAACAUACCAACUCUCCCGCCAAAUCUCGGACAGUAGAGUUCCAUCUCUAAAAUCCCUGAACUCGAACAGCUCCCCUGAGGGUAGAAGAAACUCCUUUGUACUCUCCGUCUGUAGCUCUCAUGGUGGCUCUUCUGAUGGCUGGUCUAUGCGGGCUUUCUCCGAGCUUUUGGCUUCUUCGCAAAGAGAGCUCUGGUCGCCGGACAACGAAACCCUAAUUUCCAUAAACAGCAAGGAAACAACAAGGUCAAAUACUCAACAAUUAGCACCGCCGCUUUCCCCUGAUAAGCAGAUAUGUUUAAUUUGCUCAAGAUUUUUAAAGGACAGGUCUCAAUGGAGUAGUCAAAAGAUAGUUUCGACCAAUGAACUCUCUGUGGUUGCUAUCCUGGUUUGCGGCCAUUCCUACCAUGCAGAUUGUUUAGAGAACAUGACGAUUGAAAGCGAUAAAUACGACCCACCUUGCCCUAUAUGCACUCAUGGGGAGAAGUUUGCAGCAAAAUUAUUUGGGAAAAUUGAAUUGAAGGGCAGAAACCGGAUCUCAAGGAGUGCGGUUGUGGAUAGCGAUGUGGGCGGUCGUCAUUCGCUCUCUAAGGAGCAGAAGAGAGGCGAGAGGGGAGCGAGUUCUAGCACGAAGAGUUCGUUCAGUCGGCCUUUCUUAAGGCGGCACUUCUCGCUUGGUUCACGGCCCUCAAGAUCCGCGCAGGAGUGCGAGUGUCCAAGAAAGAAGGGUUUCUGGGCUCGAUAUAUUAGGGAGUGAGCGAAGCUCUUUUGUGGAAGUGGAUAGGUACUUAUUCUUACCAUGGAGUGCGUAAGAAGUCGAUGAAUUUUCUGGUGGAAGCAUGCAAUCUCUUUAACAGAAUCAAAGUGGCAAGAUUUGAAAGAGCAUAUAUUGUAACCAUAUUGAAGUCUAUCAAAGUUCCCCGUAUUGUUCCCAUUUUGGAGACUCAGGUGCGCUCCGCAUGCUAGGAGGUCUUGGGCGCAGAAAUAACCUUUAGGAGAGGUGAGUAGCUACAGCCGAUUUAUGUACCUCAAUUGUCGAGGAGUUAGUCGGUUGAUGGAUAAAUAAUUUAGCCGGUCUUUAAUCAAGGCCAUUAGCUGGGUUGAAUGGUUUAGCCCGGCAUCUUCUGUAGUUCCAUUCUUUUCUUUUAUCUUAGUCGUAACCGCUAAUGUCUGUAGAUCGAUUGUUGUUUCAUUACACACUCUUUCAGCAAAUAGAGUAUCAGAAUUAAUUACCCUCUGUUAAGGAUGUAUUUGAAUUCCCCCCUGGCUUUAAAAACCAGCGGUUGUUUGUUUUCUUUGUGAAUUUAACUAAAUCUGCAUUCGAGUAAGAAUUUGCCAGGAAAUAUUUCUCCUA